AUGAUUCCACCAACUCUGAUCGAAACUCCUCUUGCCUCAAUUCCUGCUUUUACUCUUAAAGAUCAAUCAAAACAGGUCAAUUUGGAUGCUCAAUAUAAGGAUGGUAAGAUCAGCUUUGCUGAUUGGGAAAAAUUCUCUUUUGCACCAAUUAGAGAAUCCACUGUUUCCCGUGAAAUGACUAGACGUUACUUCAAAGACUUGGAUGAAUAUGCGGAUUGUGAUGUUGUUAUUAUUGGUGCUGGUUCUGCUGGUUUAUCUGCUGCUUAUACUCUUGGUAAAACCAGACCAGACUUAAAGAUUGCUCUUAUGGAAGCUAAUGUUGCAGCUGGUGGUGGUUGCCAUGUUUCCGGUGCUUUAAUGAGUGCUUUAGUUGCUAGACGUCCAGCUGAAAAAUUUUUAGAAGAAAUUGGAGUACCAUAUGAAGAAGAAGAAAAUUAUGUUGUUGUUAAGCAUGCAUCAUUACUUAUUUCUACUUUAUUAUCUAAAGUUUUACAAUUUCCAAAUAUCAAGUUAUUCAAUGCUACUGCUGUCGAGGACUUAAUUACUCGUACUGAUCCAUCUACUGGUGAAUUGAGGGUUGCUGGUGUUGUCACUAACUGGACCUUGGUUGCUUUAAAUCAUGAUACUCAAUCUUGUAUGGACCCAAACACAAUCAAUGCCCCAGUCAUUCUUUCAUUCACGGGUCAUGAUGGUCCUUUUGGUGCUUUUAGUGCUAAACGUUUACAAGAUUUGAAACCAAAGGGUACUCCAAACCACUUUGAACUAGGUGAAAUGAGAGGUCUUGAUAUGAACAGAGCUGAAGAUGCCAUCGUUAAAGGUACCAGAGAAAUCAUUCCUGGCUUAAUCAUUGGUGGUAUGGAGCUUGCAGAAGUUGACGGUUCCAACAGAAUGGGUCCAACUUUUGGUGCUAUGCUUCUUUCUGGUGUCAAAGCUGCUGAAGAGGCUUCUAAUGUCCAUGAUGCUCGUAAAAAACAAGAUGCUAGUUGCUAUGGAAGUAAGUAA